AUGGCAGCCCCCAUUGCAGGCGACCCUGUGAAGGCGCAACUCGUCGACAAGCUCCCAAAGCGAUUCAAGGAGAUAAAGUUUGGCAUCCAAUCCAACCAAGACAUUACAAACCAGGCUGUCCUUGAAGUCUCCGAUCGGCUACUGUACGACAUAGAGAACAACCGUGCCCCAUACCGCCAUGGCCCUCUCGACCCGCGCCUCGGGACGUCCAAAUUGCGACGAACCGAUAGAGACAACACCCAACGCGUGAAAACAUGCAAAAAGAUCAACGAGAUGUGCCGGAAGGUGAAGACUUGUCCUUACUGUGGCUCUGUCAACGGUACUAUUCGGAAGGUUGGCGUGCUCAAGCUCGCCCAUGACAAGUUCUCCUUCUUCAACAAGUCGACGGCCUUGAAGAAGAUUCCCCCUGAGAGUAAGGUCGAAUUCGACAAGUCGUUUGCCGAGGCCAAAACCCACAACCCGGAGCUUGAGAAGCACCUUCGCAAGGCUAUGGAAGAUCUCAGCCCCCUUAGGGUGCUCAAUCUCUUCAAGAUGAUCAGCCCUACCGAUUGUGAGCUCUUGGGGUUGAAGCCUGGCGAGGGCCGCCCCGAGAUGUUCUUAUGGCAGUACCUCCCUGCACCUCCCAUCUGUAUUCGGCCUUCAGUUGCCCAAGACAACGCAAGUAACGAGGACGAUAUUACGACAAAACUGGCCGAUAUCGUUUGGGUAAGCGGCAUGAUCCGGUCGGCUUUGCAACGGGGCUCCCCCGUCCAGACAAUCAUGGAACAGUGGGAAUAUUUGCAACUGCAAAUUGCGAUGUACGUCAACAGCGAAGUGCCCGGCCUGCAGCAGCCAGGCUUCGGCAAGAGCGUACGCGGAUUUUGUCAACGCCUAAAGGGAAAACAAGGUCGCUUCCGAGGAAACCUGUCGGGAAAACGAGUUGACUUCUCCGGCCGAACCGUCAUCUCCCCGGACCCUAACCUUGGAAUCGACCAGGUUGCCGUUCCGAUUCUAGUGGCCAAGAACUUGACUUAUCCAGAGAGGGUUCAGCGACAUAAUAUUGAAAAGCUGAGGAGCUGCGUCAGGAACGGCACCCAGGUUUGGCCCGGCGCCCAAGGCGUGCUCAAGAACGAGGCGGACGGUAGCUAUAAGGUCAACUUGCAGUGGGCGGAUCGUGAGAGAACCGCCAAGGACCUUCGCAUAGGCGACGUUGUGGAGCGACACUUGGAAGACGGAGAUGUGGUUUUGUUCAACCGGCAGCCAUCAUUGCACAAGUUGAGUAUAAUGAGUCACUUGGUCAAGGUGCGGCCCUGGAGGACAUUCCGCCUCAACGAGUGUGUCUGCACUCCCUACAAUGCCGAUUUUGAUGGCGACGAGAUGAACCUACACGUUCCCCAGACGGAAGAGGCGCGAGCCGAAGCGAUUAACCUGAUGGGUGUCAAGCAUAACCUUGCAACCCCCAAGAACGGCGAGCCCAUCAUUGCGGCUACCCAGGAUUUCAUCACCGCGGCAUAUCUCAUUAGCAGCAAGGAUCGCUUCUUUGACCGCAAGACAUUCACUUAUGUAUGCAUGCACAUGCUCGAUGGCCAAACCCACCUAGAACUGCCGCCUCCAGCCAUCAUCAAACCCCAAAUGAUGUGGACGGGAAAGCAGGUGUUCAAUGUGCUCAUGAGGCCCAACAAGUCAUCUCCGGUCCUGGUAAACCUCGACGCAAAGUGUAAAGACUAUUCGUCGCAAGCCGGUCAGUGUCCUGACAUGGAUCCAAACGAUGGAUGGCUCGUGAUCAGAAAUUCUGAAGUCAUGUGCGGCUUGAUGGACAAAUCUACUGUCGGUGGCGGCAAGAAAGACUCGAUCUUUUAUGUCAUUCUGCGAGAUUACGGCCCCGAUGCCGCGGUCGGAGCUAUGAAUCGGCUGGCGAGGCUCUGCGCUAGGCAUCUUACCAACCGCGGCUUCACCAUCGGGAUCGGAGAUGUUUUCCCUACGAAGGAGUUGAACGAAAAGAAAAGUGAACUAGUCCAGGCGGCAUACCGCGAGUGCGAUGAAUUGAUUGAAACAUUCAAGAAUGGGAAACUGCAGAAGGCUACUGGGUGCACGAUGGAGCAGACGUUGGAGAACGCUAUUUCCGGAAUUCUCAACCGUGUCCGUCAGCAAGCUGGUAAAGCCUGUAUAAAUACACUUAGCCGAAACAACUCCCCGCUCAUCAUGGCUAAGUCUGGAUCCAAGGGAUCCGAGAUCAACGUCGCACAGAUGGUGGCACUCGUCGGACAGCAGAUUAUCGGCGGCGAGCGUGUCUCUGAUGGCUUCCAGGAUCGCACUCUUCCUCACUUCCCCAAGAAUGCUAGGCAGCCGCCCUCGAAGGGCUUCGUCAGAAACAGCUUCUAUUCGGGUCUCGUGCCCACCGAGUUCAUCUUCCACGCCAUGUCCGGAAGAGAAGGUUUGGUCGAUACUGCCGUCAAGACGGCCGAAACCGGUUACAUGUCACGACGUCUUAUGAAGUCACUGGAGGAUCUUUCUAUGGAAUACGACGAUACCGUUAGAACGUCGGGCGGUAAUAUCGUCCAGUUCCAGUUCGGCGCCGACAAACUCGAUCCUGUCGACAUGGAGGGCAGCGCCGUGCCAGUGCACUUUGACCGGACAUGGACCCACGCAGAAAACCUCACUUGGGACAACUCGGAGGCACCUAUGCUUCCCCAUGAGAUUACGCAAUUCUGUGACUCUAUGCUUGACCAAGAGCGCAAGCGAUACCCCCGCAUUGGUUUACUGAAUGAGAAGCUCUCGUACGAUGAUUCAACUGAUAUGGGCAUCGACGAGCAUGAAGGUGCCAGGUUUUUCUUGCGCACUGUGGAAAACUAUGUGAACAAACGCGUGGAAAAACUGAGGAAGGUGAGGAGGGCAGCUGGCCUCGAUGAGUUCCAAAGAUCCUCAGACAAACUGCGGGAGGGGCAGGUCGAGCAGGUAGCAAAAGUUACUCCGACAACCCUGCGGAAAUUCAUCAAGCUUUGCUUGGAAAAGAACAAGAAAGCCCUUGUGGAACCCGGCCACGCUGUCGGUGCGGUGGGCGCCCAUUCGAUUGGUGAGCCCGGAACCCAGAUGACUCUUAAGACGUUCCAUUUUGCUGGUGUCGCCGGCAUGAGUAUCACGCAGGGUGUCCCCCGUAUCAAGGAGAUUAUCAACGCGUCAAAGACGAUUAGUACUCCGGUCAUUACGUGUCCCCUUGAGAAUAACAAGCAAAUCGAGGCCGCGCGUGUGGUUAAGGGAAGGAUCGAAAAAACGUACAUCUCCGACAUUCUCGAAGCGAUUGAAGACGAAUACCGGGCGGACUACGGCAGUGUCAUCUUACACCUGGAUCUGCAGGCGCUCGAAGCUGCGCACCUGGGCAUGUCUACAGCAGAUAUUGCCCGGGCCAUUUGCAGCAACAGAAAGCUCAAGGUUACAGCGGAUGACAUAUCGGUACUUGGCCCUGCGUCUAUCCAGAUCCGGCUUCGAACCGACGUAGACGUGCCGAAACGAACCACCGCGCGAACGCGGGCCUCUGCCAAUGAUGAAGUCGGCGACAUGGUGCUCCGGGCGGGCUUCUUGCGACGCGCACUUCCGGCAGUCGCUAUUUCCGGCUACCCUGACGCUUCUCGUGCCAUUAUUCAGACAGAUGCGGACGGCAUUCACGAGGUUUUCGUCGAAGGUUACGGCUUCAAGGCGUGUAUGACGACCGAAGGUGUGCUCGGCACCAAGGCUAGGACCAACAACGUCAUGGAGAACAAGGAUGUCCUCGGCAUCGAGGCAGCCCGAGCAUCAAUUGCGGUGGAAAUCGGCUCCGUCAUGAAAGAAAUGAACAUCGAUCCCCGACACAUGGAGUUGCUCGCCGACGUCAUGACGUACAAGGGAGAGGUGUACGGUAUCACGCGUUUCGGUCUGUCCAAGACGCGCGAUAGCGUGCUGCAGCUCGCGUCGUUCGAGAAGACGCCCGAUCAUUUGUUCGAAGCGGCCGCGGGCAUGAAGGCGGACCAGAUCGAGGGUGUCAGCGAGUGCAUUAUUAUGGGGCAAACGAUGUCCAUCGGCACCGGGGCUUUCCAGGUGGUUCGAAGGCUUGCGCUCAAGGAUAGCGAUACGGAGAUGCGGCCUACGUUGUUCGAGGACGCAUGGGCCAAGGAGACCGCUGAGAAGCGGCGGCUGCGGAAACAAGAGCUUUUCGUGUAG